AUGGCGCGAACAGACUUACCUUCCUCAGUAGUUUCUGGUAGGGAGCGGAGAGAAAUAAUGAGAAAGAUGGGAGUUGCGACGGUCUCUGUAAGCCGCAGUCCCGUCGUUUCCUCUAGGCGAUGGUUAUGGGCGAAACCAGUCGGGGGCGUGCAUCAGCGAGGGUUUUGGGAGAGAUGGGAACUUUGGGCGAAAUCGGGAGAGGGGGAGGAUGUCGGGGAGGAAGAAAUGUACUCUCCAAUACUCCUCUGCUACUCCACCACAUCCACCACAGCUCUACAGGAACUUCCAUGGAAGCUCAAGACUUCGCUCUCAAAACAGCCGGAUGGCAUUCUACAAGUUAACUGUAACAAUGAAGGCGCAGUGUUCAUAGAAGCCUCUUCUGAAACUGAUCUCACCACCUUCCUGCUCUCCCCUCCCAUCAACCGGUUCAAAGAACUCCUUCCGGUUAAAACUAGGAUAUUCAGACACAGCGAACCUAUUCUUUUGCUGCAAUUCACUAAGUUCUUAAACGGCUAUGUGCUCGGAUUUUCGAUUUCGCAUGUAAUUGCUGAUGCUGCUUCCAUGGCUUUAUUCCUAAACUGCUGGGCGGAGACGGCACGUGGGAUUGAGGAAGAUAGAAUUGCCAUGCCUUGCUUCACUUCAGCAUCAACUCUCUUCCCACCCAAGCCUUUAACAAUCGCCUACCAGGAACCGGAGGAGCCAUUGGAAAACUCAGAACUAGUCGCAAAAAGGUUUGUUUUAUCUUCUUCUUCCAUAAAGAGGCUGAGAGAGAGUGCUUAUAAACGCAGUGACCAGAUGCGGCCAACUAGAGUUGAGGCUGUCACAACUCUUGUAAUAAGGUCUGUAAUGCGCUCAACUGCAAGUGAAGAAGUGGGAAAAGUGUUACUCUCACAACUUGUGAACUUGCGCAAAAGAUUUACAGGUUUAUCAGAUCUCUCCAUUGGCAAUCUAUGGAGUGUUGGAGUAAGCUUCAUUGAGGGAGGAGUAGGACAGGAAGAGGUGGAGAAGUUGUUGAGGGAAAGUGUGAGGGGAGUGAAUGAGGAGGGAGUGAGGAAUGGGGCUGAGAGAACGUUUGCAGGUAAGAAUGAAGGGAAGGGAGAGGGGGAUUGGAAGGGAAGAAUGAAGGAGAGGCCAUGGAUAUUUAGUAGUUGGUGUCGGAUGGGCUUUUAUAAGACUGAUUUUGGGUGGGGAGAACCAGAGUGGAUUGGGUCUGGGUUUCGGGGCAUGAAGGAUGCGUGUUUGUUGAUUGAUGGGAAGGAUGGAGAAGGGAUUGAGCUGUGGUUGGGGAUGGAGAGAGAGGAGAUGCAGAGAUUGGAGAACGAUGAGGAGUUCCUCUCCUUUGCUUGUGCUUAGAAUACAAGAGAAAAUUCAUGCAAAUGAACA